CUUCCUGGCUGCUCAGAACAAGUUGGCGCUUUCCUUCGACUGGUUCUGCCUUUGCUACUUGUGAUCUCGAGUUGUGUUGUGUGCUGCUUGGUACUCGAGUGUGAAUACUUGACGGAUAGAUAUUUUUUUUUUUUUUAAUAAUUUCAAUAUAAAACCCGCAUGACCGAUCUCAGACAAAUAACACGUGAAAAAAACAUGGUGUGAUACCUUGAAGUGAACAGUAGCUUAUUGGUCGAAAGCAUCUCAAUUAAUACGGCAGCGAAAGGGCGUUCUCACGGCAAAAGCGAGGCAGUCAAUGCCCCUUGCGACCGCCCGCCGAUGACCUAGGGUGACACCGGCACACUUAACCGAGGGAACGACCGCCGCCGCCCGCGCACCGAUGACAAUGCUGGACCUCAAGACUUCGACCCCCGAUUAUCUGCCGAGGACGGGCCCGCUGUCCAACUUUUCCAUGCUCUUCACCGACCCGAGUUACAAGUCAGCGUGGGGUUCGCCAGCCUCACCAGCCUCACAGACCCAAGGGUACCCUCACAACACACUCGGAAUGUCCAAGUCUUCCCUGGAUGCGCACAGCCCUCACCUUCGCCAACCAGAUCCCUACCAGAUGUUUGGUCCGACCAGCAGCCGCUUGGCCAGCUCAGGUUCGGGGCAGAUCCAGCUCUGGCAGUUCCUCCUGGAGCUCCUGUCCGAUUCCUCGAACGCCAACUGUAUCACCUGGGAGGGCACGAACGGCGAGUUCAAGCUCACCGAUCCGGACGAGGUGGCCAGGCGAUGGGGCGAGAGGAAGUCGAAGCCAAACAUGAACUACGACAAGCUGUCCCGGGCACUCAGAUACUACUAUGACAAGAACAUCAUGACGAAGGUGCACGGAAAGCGCUACGCCUACAAGUUCGACUUCCAGGGCCUGGCCGCGGCCACCCAGCCCGCCGGCGCAGACCCUACAGCAUACAAAUACCAGAGCGACCUCUUCAUGUCCUCCUACCACCCCACCACCAAGCUCAACUUCAUGAGCACACACACAGGCAUACCCUCCUCCACAGGUUAUUCCUUGUCCUCCCCAGCGAGCAUAUUCCCUUCGCCGACGUCGUACUGGACCAACCCCGGCGCGAACCUCUACUCCAACAUCGCCGCUGCUUCGGGACAUUCCAUGACACAUCACCCAUCCCACAUGACGUCACACAUCUCCUCAGCCUAUCCGCAUUACGCAUGA